AUGCGGACAUCCCUCCUCACCUCGAUCGAUGCCACAUCACACAUCCACCUCAUAAUCGGCACCAAUGCCCUCGCCGCAUCCCGGUGCGCGAAAUCCCUCGAAGUGGGCGCCACGCCCAUCGUCAUCUUCCACCCGGAUGAGUGUGAACAUGAGGUUCACCCCGCGAUGCAGCAGCGCAUCGACGACAAGGAGGUGAAGUGGCUAGCUAAGCCCUACCACGACGAUGAUAUCUCUACCUUAGGAAGGCCAGAACUGGAUGGCUACGUCGACGCUGUUUUUGUCACACUUAGCCCUCAAGAUCCUCUGAGCCUCCACAUAUCCACCCACUGCAAACGCCACCGCGUUCCCAUCAACGUCCUCGACGCCCCCUCCCUGUGCACCUUCUCCCUCCUCUCCACGCACACCGACGGCCCCCUCCAAAUCGGCAUCACAACCAACGGAAAAGGGUGGUUGAGUCAGAUUUGUGAGUAUUGGCCUCUGAGUCGGUUGGCGGAUGUUACGGAUGCGGAUAUUGAGGCGGUUAUGACGGCGUAUACAUCUGCGCCGUCUGCAUCGCCGUCUCUAACUAGCACGGGGACUAUCACGACUAGCACCUCUUUGCCCACUCUUCCUUCUCCUCCUCCGGCUGCUAAGAAGGGGCUCGUUAUCCUGGCUGGCUCGGGGCCGGGUCACCCAGAUCUACUCACCCGCUCCACCCACCGCGCAAUCCACUCCGCUACCCUAAUCCUGGCUGACAAACUCGUCCCCGCCCCCAUCCUCGCCCUCAUCCCCCGCCGCACACCCCUCCACAUCGCGCGCAAAUUCCCCGGCAACGCCGAGCGCGCACAGGAGGAGCUGAUGGCUCUCGCUCUCGCCGGAUUACGACGUGGCGAGACAGUACUCCGGCUCAAGCAGGGGGAUCCAUACCUCUACGGCCGCGGCGGGGAGGAGGUAGAAUUCUUCAGGAAAGAGGGGUGGGGAGAUAAAAUCGUCGUACUCCCCGGAAUCACCAGCGCUUUCUCCGCCCCCCUAUUCGCUGGCGUACCAGCCACGCAAAGGGGUGUCGCGGAUCAAGUACUCGUCUGCACUGGGACGGGGAGGAAGGGAGUGCCUACUAAACCGCCUACUUAUGUCGAGACCCAGACUGUGGUGUUCUUAAUGGCUUUACAUCGUAUCAGCGGGUUAGUAGAGGAUCUAACAACCUUCGCCCCCGAAGCCGCCGCCAUCUCUCCCACACCAGCUUCUACCGACACUGCCACCGCCGGUGCUGGCGCCGUCGCUGGCGCCGUCGCUGCUGCGGCGGCGGCUGAUGCCGGGGGGUUGGGGGAGGUGCUUGAGGGGUGGGGGAGGGGAGGGGAGGAGGCGGGGAAGAAGGUGGGGGAGGGGGGGAAGAUGCUUGGGGGGGAGUUGGAGGUUGGGUUGGAGUUGGGGAUAUAG